UCGUAAGCCCCGUUGCAGAUAACUAACAGCCUGAAAACACGGACGAAAACAUUGUGCAUAUAAUUGGGCCAUUUAAUCCGAUAGCAGAUGCAAGGCUAUUUGCUUGCCAGAUAUUAAUGCAUUAAUUAACAGCAAGUAAGAAAGAGAAUGUUUUGAAUACUUUGAUUAAAAGGGAGCAAGGACCAACAAACUAUAAGCUGUAUUGUUCAGGGAAUAUCGCAAGCAAACAAUAGUGAAAUAAUGUUCGAAAUUGGUUUGGUCGUGCUCCAUACAGUUUGCUUUUUGCAAAAGACUACUGGAAUGCAUCAGCAAGCCGUACUUGCCCCACCAGGUCACAUGCAACCUAUUGGUUCGCACACGCCACCCAUGUCAAUAGAAGAAAGAAACGAUUUUCCAGACCCGAUUGAGCUUUUCGAUAACUACGUCUCACCUGGAAAGCCAGUGCUGUUUAAAGGUGCGGCAAAGAAGUUUCCAAGUUACUAUAACUGGAAGAAUGAUACGUAUCUAAAAGAGAAAUAUGGAAGCUGGGAAGCCAAAGUGGAGACGAUAAAGAAAGGAUACAUGGAACGAGAACCCACAAUGAUGAAUCUUUCCAAGUUUAUUGAUAUUUAUAAAACUGAAAGCGUAUAUUUAGUGGAUACGAUAACACCACCAGAACCGAUAACGGGCGACGUCUUUGUUCCUAGGCCCGUAUUGUGCAAAGCAUUUCUGGAUAAUCUCGUGUCAAUUGUGCUUUGGUUUUCAUCCGGUGGUACAAGGCCAGUCUUGCACAACGACGCCUUCGAAAACAUAAACUGUCUUUACGAUGGCGAAAAGGAAUUCGUAUUGGUAGACAAGAAACACAAAGAUUUGGUUCCAAUUGAUCAUCCUUCACCUAACUCUCCACACCUCGGUUACAGCUCUGUAGACACUGAGCAAGUCGACAUGUAUAAAUACCCUUCCCUUACUAAAGUACCCUGGUACAAAGCGAACAUGGAAACCGGAGACUGUCUCUUCUUACCUGCACGUUGGUACCAUCACGUACAUUCGUUGAAUUCACGUAAUCUUGCAAUUAACUUGUGGUGGAAGGCGAUGCCAGAGUUAGAGCAUCGUGACGAAUGUGAAAAGAAGGUCUCUGGUCUUCCUCAAUAUGAAUCUCUGAUCCAACACAGGUUGAAAAACGGCGUAAAAUUGGAAGAAUUAGUUUUUGCUGCUACUUUCAAUGGAAGCAGUGAGAUAGAAGAAACGAAGUUUUACCGAAUCACAAUGUUGCAGUUUCCGGAUCUAAAAUCAACAAAAGACAGAAUUCCACUUUAUAGAAAACUUAAGAACUUUUUCAUCACUGCGGACUCGAAUACCGAUAAAAAACUCACAAGAAACGAAGUUGAAACUGCGCCUAUCGAAGUACUAGAUGGAUUUUUCCUCUCCCAAAAGCCGAUGCCAGAAAAGGACGAACCUUUAAUUCAAGAUGAACUGUAGAUAUUGAUUGUGUGACGCAAAUUUUCAACAUAGUUUACACAUUAGGAAAUAAAUUUUGGUACAGAAUGAAAA